AUGGCUAAACAGAAUAUUUUAUUAUUAUUAUUAUCAUUCUUCAUUAUCGUAUCAAUUACAAACGCCCUAACAACAAACCACUCUGACCUUCUUUGCCUCGGUAUUGACGGAUCCCUAACCGCCACCGCCGCCGCGGCCGCCGUUAAAUCAGUUUCAACUGAUUUCGGCGGCAUGACAUCAAUCCAACCAAUGGCUGUUCUCCACCCGUCUUCCGCCACUGACGUGGCGAGAAUAGUGAAAGCGGCUUACGAAUCGGCUGACGGGUUCACUGUAUCUGCUCGUGGUCAUGGUCAUUCUAUUAACGGACAGGCGAUGACGGAGGAUGGUGUUGUUGUUGAUAUGGCGGCACCGGCGGCGGCGGGGAUGACGCCGGCGCCGGAGGUUUCGGAGGAAUUUAUGUUUGUGGAUGUUUGGGGGGGUCAAAUGUGGAUUGAUGUUUUGAUGUUUUGUGUUGAUGGGUAUGGACUUGCUCCGAAAUCUUGGACGGAUUAUUUGUAUUUGACGGUAGGAGGAACACUUUCAAAUGGAGGAAUUAGUGGCCAAGCAUUUAGUUUUGGGCCACAAAUAAGCAAUGUUCUUGAGCUCGAUGUUGUUACAGGUAAGGGCGAGUUAUUGACAUGUUCGGAAGAGAUAAAUUCAGAACUUUUUCAUGCGGUUCUUGGUGGUCUUGGUCAGUUUGGGAUCAUCACUCGAGCUCGGAUUUCACUUCAACCUGCACCCCAAAGGGUGAGGUGGAUUAGGGUUUUAUAUUCAGAUUUCUCUGUUUUUACCCAUGAUCAAGAGUAUCUCAUCUCCCUCGAGUCUAAUUAUAAGAAGUUUGACUAUGUUGAGGGUUUCGUCAUUGUUGAUCAAACUGUCAUAAAUAAUUGGAGAUCCUCCUUUUUCUCUUCAAGCAAUUCUUUCGACAUUAUCUCCAUCAAAGCUAAAGCUAAUGUUGGUGUCUUGUAUUGCCUUGAGCUCACUAAGAACUACAAUGAUAACGAUAUAGAUAUUGUGGAUCAGGAAGUGGAUGAGUUGAUGAAGAAAUUAAACUUUAUACCAGACACUAUUUUUACAAUGGAACUGGAUUACAUAGAUUUCUUGGACCGGGUUCAUAAGUCAGAGUUGAAACUCCGGUCCAUGGGCUUAUGGGAUGUACCCCAUCCUUGGCUAAACAUAUUUGUACCAAAAUCAAAGAUUGGUGAUUUUGAUAAUGGAGUUUUCAAGGGCAUUUUGGGAAAUAACUCCAAUGGACCUAUUCUCAUAUAUCCCAUGAAUAAGGACAAGUGGGACAAGAGAACAUCGAUGGUCUUGCCCAAUGAGGACGUGUUCUACCUCGUGGCAUUCUUGAGAUCCGCAUUCAACAAUGGAGAUGAAACACAAUCUCUUGAAUUUUUAAGCAAUCAGAACAAUCAAAUAUUGAAAUUUUGUGACGAUGCAGGAAUCGAGCACAAACAAUAUUUUCCACACUAUGUGACUCAAGAAGAAUGGAAGCGUCAUUUUGGCGAAAAAUGGACCCAAUUUAUUCAACGAAAAGUAGAAUUUGAUCCUCGCUCCAUCUUAGCCACGGGACAACGCAUAUUUAAGCCAGAUUUUACUAAAUGUUUGGCAUCUUCAUUAAUGGACAGUCACAAAGAUCAUUCAUACUUUACGAUUUAA